AUGGAACAGUUGACGAGGUGCGCUCUCAUCGACGUGUCCUUCUGGGACGACCUCGUUGAGAGCGCAGCUGUUAACCGUAGAGGCUGGGUUCUGCAGGAACGUCUCAUGGCACCACGUGUACUACAUUUCUGUCGCGACCAGAUUGCCUGGGAGUGCUCUCACUUCGAUGAUGCCGAGGGUUAUCCUGGAAUGGCCAUAGGACUGAGGUCUAAGUUGGGAGCUACGAUAGACGAAGGACGACUCAAAGACUUAACCCCAGAGGCUGGGCGGGCACUACGAAGCAAUCGCCUAAAUGAUCUUCCAGACCCUGAUGAGGGCAUGGUAGAUCUGUACAUCUACGAACUGUGGAAACACAUUGUAGAGGUGUAUUCCAAAACGCAGAUCACAGUAUCGCGCGACAAACUUAUAGGUGACCAGAAGCUAUUCACAGUACCGAGCACGUAUGUUGCAGGCCUCUGGAGAAACAAUCUGGAAAGUCAGCUUCUUUGGCAAGUGAACGAGCUUUAUCGGGAUGGGGUGUUCGAGAACCCUGGACGACGCGACGCAACUCGAGCGCCUUCAUUCUCAUGGGCAUCAAUCGAUACCCCCCACGGAAUCACCUAUCCCGAUAUCACAGACUACGGGGCUGCAAGAGCAAACGAGAUGCGCGACCGGGAUCAGGGCGAAAGAGAGGACUCGUAUCCAGAGGAAGAGCUAAUGCUCGAAGUACUUGACCAUCAUAUCAUCCUCUCGGACGAGGACAAUGAGUAUGGCAUGGUAGAACAGGGAAGACUGUUGCUCAAACCACGCUAUCUUAGGGCUAUCAAGCUCCGGAAGCUUCACCCGCUGUUCCGAGUCGGGUACAGCUGGGGACUGGAGCAAGAUGAAAUCAAGCCUGACAUGUCGCAACAAGAUUCCAAAAGGUCUGCGCAUCAUCUCGAACACGCCAAUCUCUAUCUGGACGCCCCGGAAUCUGACGUCGAUAUCUUCCGCGAUGAUGCAAAACUAUACUGCAUGCCCGUUGCGUAUGGUGAGCGGACAGUACGGAAAGCAUUUCGUUAUUUGUACUGCUUGUUGCUCAAGUACGAAGGGGCGACAGAUUUUGGUUCCAAGGGCAAUGACCCAGGCGUGAAAGGGCAUCUGUCGAUGACAAUACAGUAUCCCAUGUUUAGGCGAAUUGGCAUAACAAAGUUGUCUAACCAUCUGGACGAAAAGGGCCAAGAGGCUUUGAUGUCGGAGGAAUACAACCAAACAAUUGCUUUGUGUUGA